AUGCUUCACAAAAUCAAAUCUGACAAGCCGGACGAGGUUCAUUUUUAUGUGGGAAGGAAGAGAUGUAGAUUUGCCAGGGUGGAGUUCGGCUUGGUGACCGAGUUAAACUUGUUGCCCGACCCUACUGAGGAAGACAUCAAAGAGAAAGGAAGUUCUGACCGGUUGAUUAUGGAAUAUUUCAACGGUAAUCCUUCGAUCAGCUUCGGCCAACUGCGCAGAGUUUUUGAGAGCUGCACAGAAGUUGAUGAUGUCUACAAGUUGGGGAUGGCCUUAUUUGUUAUGGGCGUCCUCACUGGUAAGGAGGAGAAGAAUGUCGUUCCUCCUUUUGUCAUAAGAAUGGUUGAUAACCUUCCAUUCUUCUACGAGUACCCCUGGGGAAAGAUUUCUUACACCAAGCUGAUGGAAACUUGUAAUAAGGACUACUUGGAUGUGAAGAAUAAGAUGUUGAAAAAGAUUGAAAAGGGAGUUACUCAGAAGGAGGCAAAAUACUCAUCCUACGGUUAUACUGCAGCGUUGCAGUAUUGGGCAUACGAGGCCAUCUUACAGCUGGGCAACUAG